AUGUCUUCUCUCCGCCGUACCGCUCCCGUGGUACUGCCCGCCAUUGGCCGCCAUACAGCCACGGUCAUAUUCUGCCACGGGCUCGGCGACACGGGCCAUGGUUGGGCUGAUACAAUUGAACAAAUCCGCAGGAAGCGACGUUUGGAUGAGAUCAAGUUCAUCUUGCCAAACGCGCCAACUAUCCCCAUCACUGUGAAUGGCGGUUACCCAAUGCCUGGCUGGUUCGAUGUGAAAACCCUCGGGAUUGCUGCCAAAUCUCUACAGGGGAGAGCCGGCCAAGAGGAUGCCCCCGGAAUCACUGUAACCCAGGAGUACAUUCACGGGCUGAUCGACAGCGAGAUCUCUGCCGGAAUUCCUUCGGAGCGAAUUGUUCUCGGUGGAUUUUCCCAAGGCGGAGCUAUGGGCAUCUUCUCUGGCUUGACUGCCAAGGUCAAGCUUGGUGGCAUCGUCGCUCUGUCGUCGUGGCUGCUUCUACACCAAACAUUUGCGGAGCUCGUGCCUAAAGGAGAUAUCAACAAGGCAACACCCAUUCUCAUGGCCCAUGGCGACAGCGAUCAGGUGGUAGUCUACCCACUUGCGCAAGAGAGCGAAAAGAAGCUCACGAGUCUGGGAUAUGAUGUCAAUUUCAAGACAUACAGAGGUAUGGAGCAUAAUGCCUGCUUGGAAGAGCUGAACGAGGUUGAGGAAUUCUUGGUGUCCCGCCUUCCUCCCAAGGGAAAGGAUGAGCUGUAA